GAAGUAGCGCGGUGCCGCUGUGUUGCAGCGGUUCGGGAUCCUCUUCGGAAUUGUCAGCGCGGGACAUUCUAACGUGUAUGGCCCCAUAUUCUCUUAUUAUGAAUUCUGUCCAAGGGUGUAAUUCCCGCGAGAAAGAACCGCACGAAAGGGAGGAUUCCGAAGGAGAAGACUUAAAAUCAAAUGACAUGGCAACCUCUAAGGGGUGUAAAGAGAAGACGAUCAGCCUUCCCUUCAGCGUCGAGGCGCUCAUUUCAGACAGGUCGGCAUGUCGGACUCAGUGCGCUACCUCGGACCCGACUCUGACUGCGGAUCAGCUCACACAGCCUUCCGCCAGGACAGUGUACACAGAGAAAGGCAUUUCCCUGGAGAAGGUCACGCAUUUAACAGACUGCAAGAAGAAGGAGAGUGAAGAUCUUCGUGACAGCGACCAGAGGACCUGGUUUCAGACUUCAUCCUAUUCCUCUUCUUCACGACCGUCCAGCCCGCCGCCCUGCACGCUGCGGAAGCACAAGAACAACAGAAAGCCGCGCACGCCCUUUACCACAUCCCAGCUGCUGGCGCUCGAGAGGAAGUUCCGCCAGAAGCAGUACCUGUCCAUCGCCGAGAGAGCCGAGUUCUCCAACUCCCUGAACCUCACCGAGACUCAGGUCAAAAUCUGGUUCCAGAACCGGAGGGCCAAAGCGAAGAGACUGCAGGAGGCCGAGAUGGAGAAACUGAAACUGGCCAGUAAACCGCUCGUGCCCGCCUUCGCGUUCCCGUUCCCCCUGGGCACGGCCGUGGGCUCGCCCUCCCUCUACGGACCCUCGCAGGCGUUCCCCAGGCCCACCUUACCGGUGCCCGGACUGUUCGCUGGACCCGUCACCUACGGGAUGUACUACCUGUCCUGAGUGUCCCGUGAUCGUCGCGUCCCCGCUGGUGACUGGACGGCCACGCUCACGUGGAGGACUUCUUCACCCAAAGGAGACCCACCCGCGGAAGAAGGCACCUCUGUCCCUUCACAAGUAUUUCAUACUGAGUAACACCUUUAAUUAUUGUUUCUAAGUCGUACUGUCUAUAGUUUCAAUUACAUUUAAUUUACUGUUGAUCCAUUCUCUUUUCCGUGCGUCGCAAGAUGUUCAACCAACGGGGACGAGUUUGUCAUUCUUACAUCGUGCUGUUUCAAAUGUUUUAGACGCGCCUUAAAUUCUCUACCGAACAACAAAAGCGCAAAGUCGCGUUUAACAAAAAAAAAAAAAAAGACUUAUUUUACCGCGGAGCGUUACAAUACUGGAGACUGACAGUUUGCACUUUCUUUUUAUUCCAAGACCAAGAUGGCUUUAUGCGUACUCGAAAACGCAUAAAACGUCUCAAUUAAAUUUGAGUGCUCGUUUAAAUACCAGUUGCUCUUAAUGUGCGUCUUGAAACGUCUGAUUUAUGUUAUUGCUGGUCGAUUACAGGACAUGUCAAACUCCACUGCCAGCUACAAUAAAGACUCUAAACGGUACUAAAUAAAACACAAAUUUAAAGCAGGGCGGUUGGACAAACAACUGAUUUCACGAAUGUGUACUUAUAGAUACCAAAUAUUCAUCAGCUUAGAACAAAGACAAAGUGAUCUUACAAAUCCAUUUUUAUUGCUGCAAUAUAACAACCCCGAGUGCCUGAUUUUUUUUUUUUUUAUAUAAAAAGUAUUUUCUGCGUCACUGAUUUAUAAAACGGAAGCCUUUUCAAUUAAGAUUCAAACAUGUUGGGCUGUUUUUCUGAAUCACAUGGGCCACCUUUAUAUAUAUAUAUUCCGAAGCUUGUGUUCGAGCGCGUUUUCUCCCCCUCGACUUUUGCGUCAAUUUGAAGCGAAGACUGUGCGUUUUGCUGCCUGUUACUCCCAGUGGGACUGAACACAAGGGAGGCCUGUUUUCUAUUUCAAAUCGAGCUCUUAUUUAAAUAGCACUAUUACACAUUAUUAAACGAUUCGCCCAUAUGAACAAUUAAUGGUAAAUAGUUGCUGUUUUUUUGUGUAAUAAGACCUGCAUGAUCAUGUACGACUGUAAAUAAAAUACUGAGAAAAGUUUUGUAGAGCUAAA